GUAACGGAUCUUCUGCAGAAAUCAGUGCAUAGAUACAGUAUCUGAAGGAUCAAAGUGUUGAAAAUCAAUUAAAAGAUGGACGAGGCUUCUGGCACGACGACAACCGAUGGCAAGUCCCUGGAUGAGGCGCCGGUGGCCGCAGGACUGGAGCCCACACAGCCGAUCGGCUUCCUGCAGCUCUUCCGCUUCUCCACCUGCGGGGAGAUCGCGUGGCUCUUCUUUGGGUUCCUCAUGUGCUGCGUCAAGGCGUUGACCCUGCCCGCAGUGGUCAUCAUUUACAGCGAGCUCACAGCACCCUCUCCGCUGCCACGAACAUCACCACGCUGUCGUUUCCCUUCACGAUGGCCAACAGCAGCGGCGGCGGGUACACCAUUCCCACGGGGACCCUGAGCAUCCUUCCCAUCGCGGCGAACGCCCAGCUGCCGACCAUCACGACAACGGCCAGUGGCUACGAGCCCAAUGACGUCAUCACCACGAUCCCCGUCUCGCUCUCCAUUCAGCGCUUCCCCUCGUCCCUGUCCAUCGUGGACCUGGCCCAGGAGCAGGACGGCUACAGCAACAGUGGCUCCAGCAACGGCAUGA